AUGGAGUACUGGGUUAGGCAAGAUUUCCAGCGAAUCUUCUUCUACGCGUUCAAAGUGGGCAGAUCUGCAGCGGAGAUAGCUCGAAAUAUCACCGCUGUAUGGUGUGAGGGAAGCGUCACCGGAUCCAAGGCUCUAUUAGUUCUCAACCCCAAAGUGAACAAGAAAGCAGCGGCAAUACCAACCUACGAAACUAGAAAGCAUAAGCACAACUGGAAGAGAAAUGCGGACAAAUGCGAGUCAUGUAUACCAGAUCUUUCCAACGACUUCAGAGAUGUCAAACGUACCACUCUCAGCGAACGUGGCGCUCUCCGUGAGGCUUUGCGCUGCUUGAAAUGUGCUGAUGCUCCUUGCCAGAAAAGCUGUCCUACUCAGCUGGAUGUGAAAACCUUUAUAACCAGUAUUUCAAACAAGAAUUACUACGGAGCAGCUCGUCAGAUACUGAGUGAUAAUCCUCUUGGUCUUACGUGUGGGAUGAUCUGCCCAACUUCCGAUCUCUGCGUUGGCUCGUGCAAUCUCCAUGCCACUGAGGAAGGUCCAAUAAAUAUUGGGGGCCUGCAGCAAUUUGCAUGCGACGUGUUUAAGAGGAUGAACAUCCGACAGAUUGUUUCAAAAGAAGUUCGAGAAAGCAGAAAUGGGUCUCAUGAAGAAGCAGUUGCUCUACUAGGAAAGUUGUACUUUGCAUUGUAUUUACAAGUCCAAACUAUACGAUGCGGUCCUGCUUCAAUUUCUUGCGCUUCAUUUUUGGCAAGGCUCGGCUAUACCAACAUCACCAUCUAUGAGAAGAAACACUUCGUUGGAGGUUUAAGCCAGUACUGCGGCUCCUGUCUGCGAGCUCCUGUCUGUCCUUUAUGUCUUCUCUGCAAAAUUCACAAACUCGAGCUCGCGUUCACAGUUGCCUUUGGCUUCUGCGGCUCAACGUCGAUAUAUGCAAUCCUCGAGAGUUUCAUACGCAAACUGCGCAAAGCCUUGGCAACAUUCAAACUUAGAGCAUUACUUCGUACAGCAAUGCAGCUUGUAGCUUCUUCUCCUUUUGGUGGAAAUAGAGAGGCUCCGAUUCCUUGA